AUGACCACGGUCCUCUACCUGUCAAUCGUUUACUUGUCAGUCCUCUACCUGUCGGUCCUCUACCUGUCGGUCCUCUACCUGUCGGUCCUCUACCUGUCGGUUGUCUUGCCCACUCUGAUGCCGCCGGAACCCGAGCCCGAGCCCGAGCGCGGCCGGGCGGCCAGGCACGAUUGCACUCCGGGAGAUUCAGCUUGCAAGAAUUCUGAAUCUGACCCUGAGGACUUUUCAGAUGAAACCAACACGGAGAACCUUUAUAGCAGCUCUCCUCCCAGCACACCCCGACAGAUAAAGCGCAUGUCAACCAAGCACCAAAGGAACAGCUUAGGGAGGCCUGCCAGUCGGUCCAAUUUGAAAGAAAAAAUGAACACCCCAAGCCAGCCUCCACACAGAGACACUGGGAAAGCCGUGGAGAGCGUGGAAGAGCACAGCUACAAGCAGGAGAAGAAGGUCCGCGCGGCUCUCAGGACAACAGAGCGUGACCAUAAAAAAAACGUGCAGUGCUCCUUCAUGUUGGACUCAGUCGGUGGGUCUUUGCCCAAAAAGUCAAUUCCGGACGUGGAUCUCAAUAAGCCUUACCUCAGCCUCGGCGGCAGCAACACUAAGCUCCCGGUGUCGGUGCCCCUGCCCAUGCCCAUCCCCAGGGCCGCGCGCCAGACCUCGCGCACCGACUGCCCGGCGGACCGCCUCAAGUUCUUUGAGACCUUACGACUUCUGCUCAAGCUUACCUCAGUCUCGAAGAAGAAGGACAGGGAGCAGAGAGGACAGGAGAACACGUCUGCCUUCUGGUUGAACCGAUCGAACGAGCUCAUCUGGCUGGAGCUGCAGGCCUGGCAUGCUGGACGCACCAUCAACGACCAGGACCUCUUUCUGUACACAGCCCGCCAGGCCAUCCCAGACAUCAUCAACGAGAUCCUGACCUUCAAGGUUAACUACGGGAGCUUUGCCUUUGUUAGAAAUGGAGCUAGUUUUAAUGGUACUUCAGGAGAAGGGCCGGGCAAGGCGCCUCACGGAGCGAGGAGCAUGGGUCACGCCACCUAUCACGAGCAUCUCCAUCGCCAGAGGGUGUCGUUCGAGCAGGUGAAACGCAUCAUGGAGCUGCUGGAGUACAUAGAAGCACUUUACCCAUCGUUGCAGGCUCUUCAGAAGGACUAUGAAAAAUACGCUGCGAAAGACUUCCAGGACAGGGUGCAGGCACUCUGUUUGUGGUUGAACAUCACAAAAGACUUAAAUCAGAAACUAAGGAUUAUGGGCACUGUUUUGGGCAUCAAGAAUUUGUCAGACAUUGGCUGGCCAGUGUUUGAGAUCCCUUCUCCUCGACCAUCCAAAGGCCACGAUCCCGAAGAUGAGUGUGAUGACGCAGGAGGAGGGCUGAGAGAGCUGGGGAGCAGUACGGAGGAGAGCGAGGAGGAGCCGGCCUCUGAGCCGCGGGCGCCCGAGGCCAGGCAGCCGGGCGAGGGUAGUUUCAACUUCCAGCUCCAGGACUGCAGGUCUCAGAAGCUGGAGAGGCUUGAGUCUGAGGAUGAGUCUGUCGGCUGGGGAGCGCCAGAUGGCAGCUCAGAAGCAGGCUUUAGCAGACAUUGUCUGACUUCUAUUUAUAGGCCAUUUGUAGACAAAGCACUGAAGCAGAUGGGGUUGAGAAAGUUAAUUUUAAGACUUCACAAGCUGAUGGACGGUUCCUUGCAAAGGGCACGUGUUGCCCUGGUAAAGAGUGACCGUCCCCUGGAGUUUUCCGAAUUCCCGGAUCCUAUGUGGGGUUCUGAUUAUGUGCACUUGUCCAGGACACCUCCUUCCUCAGAACAGAAGUGCAGCACUGUGUCCUGGGGAGAGCUGAAGGCCAUGGACUUACCCUCAUUCGAACCCGCCUUCCUGGUCCUCUGCCGAGUCCUUCUCAACGUCAUCCAUGAGUGUCUCAAGCUGAGGUUGGAACAGAGGCCUGCGGGAGAACCAUCUCUUCUGAGUAUUAAGCAGCUGGUGCGGGAGUGUAAGGAGGUGCUGAAGGGCGGCCUGCUGAUGAAGCAGUAUUACCAGUUCAUGCUGCACGAGGGCCCGCGGGACCUGGAGGAGGCCGACUGCAACAUCGACGCCUUCCAGGAGGACCUGCACAAGAUGUUGAUGGUCUAUUUUGAUUACAUGAGAAGCUGGAUCCAAAUGCUACAGCAAUUACCUCAAGCAUCCCAUAGUUUAAAAAAUCUGUUAGAAGAAGAAUGGAAUUUCACCAAAGAAAUAACCCAUUACAUCCGGGGCGGAGAAGCUCAGGCUGGAAAGCUUUUCUGCGACAUCGCAGGAAUGCUGCUGAAGUCCACAGGAAGCUUCCUGGAGUCUGGCUUACAGGAGAGCUGUGCUGACUUCUGGACCAGCGCUGACGAUAGUAGCGCUUCAGACGAAAUCAGGAGAUCUGUUAUUGAGAUUAGUCGAGCACUGAAGGAGCUCUUCCACGAGGCCAGGGAAAGAGCCUCGAAAGCCCUUGGAUUUGCUAAAAUGUUGAGAAAGGACCUGGAAAUAGCGGCCGAGUUCACCCUUUCAGCCCCACUGAGAGAGCUGCUGGAUGUUCUGAAGUCAAAACAGUAUGUUAAGGUACAGAUUCCUGGCUUGGAAAACUUGCACGUGUUUGUCCCAGACAUUCUUGCUGAGGAGAAGAGUAUUAUUUUGCAGUUACUCAAUGCAGCUGCCGGCAAGGACUGCUCAAAAGAUUCAGAUGACGUACUCAUUGAUGCCUACCUACUUCUGACCAAGCACAGUGACCGUGCACGGGACUCGGAUGACAGCUGGGCCGCGUGGAACGCUCAGCUGGUGAAAAUUGUGCCUCAGGUGGAGACGGUGGAUACUCUGAGGAGCAUGCAGGUGGAAAACCUUUUACUAGUUGUCAUGCAGUCGGCCCACCUCACCAGUCAGAGAAAGGCCUUCCAGCAGUCCAUUGAGGGGCUCAUGACUCUGCGCCAGGAGCAGACCUCCAGUCAGCCUGUCAUUGCCAAGGCUUUGCAGCAGCUCAAGAAUGAUGCAUUAGAGCUUUGCAACAGAAUAAGUGAUGCCAUAGACCGUGUGGACCACAUGUUUACUUCAGAAUUUGAUGCUGAAGUUGAUGAAUCUGAAUCUGUCACCUUGCAACAAUAUUACCGAGAAGCAAUGAUUCAGGGGUACAAUUUUGGGUUUGAGUAUCAUAAGGAAGUUGUUCGCUUGAUGUCUGGAGAGUUUAGGCAGAAGAUAGGAGACAAAUACAUCAGCUUUGCCCGGAAAUGGAUGAAUUACGUGCUGACCAAAUGUGAGAGUGGCAGAGGCACCAGGCCCAGGUGGGCGACUCAGGGCUUUGACUUCCUCCAGGCCAUUGAACCAGCCUUUAUUUCCGCUUUGCCAGAAGAUGACUUCUUGAGUUUACAGGCCUUAAUGAACGAGUGCAUUGGCCACGUGAUAGGGAAGCCACACAGCCCUGUUACAGCGAUUCACCGGAACAGCCCCCGUCCUGUGAAGGUGCCCCGGUGCCACAGUGACCCUCCUAACCCGCAUCUGAUUAUCCCCACUCCAGAGGGAUUCAGCACUCGGAGCGUGCCCUCGGACGUGCGGAGCCACGGCAGCCCCGCGCCCAGUCGCCCCGGCCCCUCAGGCGGCGACUCUGCGCCACCCAAACCCAUCAGCAGUGCCCAUGACACCAGGGGCUCCAGUGUCCCUGAGAACGACCGCCUGGCUUCCAUCGCGGCCGAGCUGCAGUUCCGGUCCCUGAGCCGUCACUCCAGCCCCACCGAGGAGCGAGACGAACCAGCGUAUCCAAAAGGGGACUCCUGUGGGUCAGCCCGGAGAAGUUGGGAGCUUCGGACGCUCAUCAGCCAGACCAAGGAUACGGCUUCCAAACAGGGACCCAUAGAAGCUAUCCAGAAGUCAGUCCGACUGUUUGAAGAAAAGAGGUAUCGAGAAAUGAGGAGGAAGAACAUCAUUGGCCAAGUCUGCGACACCCCCAAGUCCUAUGAUAACGUCAUGCAUGUUGGCUUGAGGAAGGUGACCUUCAAGUGGCAAAGAGGAAACAAAAUUGGGGAAGGGCAGUAUGGGAAGGUCUACACCUGUAUAAGUGUCGACACCGGUGAGCUGAUGGCUAUGAAGGAGAUUCGGUUUCAGCCCAAUGACCAUAAAACCAUCAAGGAAACGGCAGAUGAGCUGAAAAUAUUUGAAGGCAUCAAGCACCCCAACCUGGUUCGGUACUUUGGUGUGGAGCUUCACAGAGAGGAGAUGUACAUCUUCAUGGAGUACUGCGACGAGGGCACGCUGGAGGAGGUGUCGCGGCUGGGCCUCCAGGAGCACGUGAUCAGGCUGUACUCCAAGCAGAUCACCGUGGCCAUCAACGUCCUGCACGAGCACGGCAUCGUCCACCGCGACGUCAAAGGUGCCAAUAUCUUCCUUACCUCCUCUGGACUGAUCAAGCUGGGAGAUUUUGGAUGCUCAGUGAAACUUAAAAACAACGCACAGACCAUGCCUGGGGAGGUGAACAGCACCCUGGGGACGGCAGCGUACAUGGCUCCGGAGGUCAUUACCCGGGCGAAAGGAGAGGGCCACGGGCGGGCGGCCGAUAUCUGGAGUCUGGGCUGUGUUGUCAUCGAGAUGGUGACUGGUAAGAGACCGUGGCAUGAAUAUGAACACAACUUUCAGAUUAUGUAUAAAGUGGGGAUGGGGCAUAAGCCACCAAUCCCUGAACGAUUAAGCCCAGAAGGAAAGGACUUCCUGUCUCACUGCCUGGAGAGUGAGCCCAGGAUGAGGUGGACAGCCAGCCAGCUCCUCGACCACGCCUUCGUCAAGGUCUGCACAGAUGAAGAGUGAAGCUAAGCAGCCUGGCCUGGUGGUGCGUGCUCUGGUGGAAAGCCCUCUCGAUCACUACUGUCUGUAACAUUUACAUGGACGCUGCUGAGAAGCAGCGCAAGCCUUUAACCUUCGGAGACUGAAGACUGCACAGGUGACAAGCGUCACUUCUCCUGCUGCUCCUGUCUGUCUGACGUGCACGGGGCCCUCCUGAGCGCGGUGUCCGCGAGGUCACAAAGCUGCAUGUCAAGUGCCAUUACUACUGUACACGGAUGUCGCUCUGUCGCCGCCGGGCCCCGCCUGGCUGGGAGCCCUGACGCCAGCGUCGUGGUGUUGACCUGCCGAGGUCCCAGAGCGCGGUUGCGCUGCCGGGUGUCCGGGGCUGCUGCUGACCUCCUGCUGUCGCGUGCACUGACUGGACCCGUGCCCCGCGUGGUUGUUGGCAGGCCGUGAGCUUGUGAUGCAGAGGCUGAUGAAUGAAAUUUAAGAUAAAGGUUCUUUUUUCAAUAAAUGGUCUAUUUUAGGAAAGCUCAGUUAUAUUGUCUUUUAAUGGUGACCAGCUUCAGAGCCAGCCGGCUACACUGCAGCGCUGUCUUCCCACGCGCCCCUGCCCAUGGGCAGCCCCCGGGCUGGAGGCCCCUGGACCCGGCGUCCUGCCGCCCCCCGGCCGCCCCUGAAGAGCAAGACGAGGGAGACAACACUAAGGCUGUAGAGCCCUUUUAAGUUAUUUUAUAUUAACCAGCAAGUUUACGAACAGCUAAAAUUUGGGGGCUCGGUUUAUUCUCAAACCCAUGUACAGGUGCUAGGUCCGUGUAAAUACUGCUGAGGAAAUUAUCUUUUUCAGAAUGUAAACAUUUCAGCAGUUCGUUUUCUAAAAUAGUCCAAAUUACAUGUCAUUGAUGGUGUUCUUUUAUUUCCUUUUGCUAUUAAAUUUUUUUUAAAGAUUGACCUUCAAGCUUCCUGAAAUCUUUUUAGAAGCUCCUGACUCACC